GGCGCCAGCGCUCUGGUCCCUCUGCAGCAGCUCAUUCUCUGUUACUCGCUUGGCAGACCCGGGUCGUGCUCCUGCUGCCACGAGCUGCGAGAUGUUCUUCAGAGCUGCCUGGAGCUUGGCGCUGAGGAAAGGAAGACUUGGAAUGCGAGGGAUCCACAGCCCAGGAGACACCGCCCACAGCAAGGGGAAGAUGCCCCCCUACACCAACUACCACGCCCAGCGCUCCUACCCCAUGCCAGACGAGCCCUUCUGCACAGAGCUCAACGCGGAGCAGCGGGCCCUGAAGGAGAAGGAGAAGGGCAGCUGGACCCAACUGAGCCACGCUGAGAAGGUGGCCUUGUACCGUCUCCAGUUCCAUGAGACCUUCGCGGAGAUGAACCGUCGCUCCAACGAGUGGAAGACAGUGAUGGGCGGUGUCUUCUUCUUCUUUGGAUUCACAGCUCUGCUGAUUUGGUGGCAGCGGGUCUAUGUGUUCCCUAAGAAGCCCAUCACCCUGACGGAUGAGUGGAAGGCCCGGCAGCUCCAGCGCAUCCUGGACAUGAGGGGCAACCCUGUGCAGGGCCUGGCCUCCCAGUGGGACUACGAGAAGAAGGAGUGGAAGAAGUGACGCCGUCCCAGGCUGCUCUCCCUGCAGCUCUACCCCGGCCCAGAGCCUCUCCUUCACCCCAAUAAAGCUGGCCUGUUCUCUUCUGC